AAUCUCACAGCCCUCGAAGGCACCACCCGCGCCGCCGCCACCGCUCCGAAAUUACAGCCAUCGUAGUGCGGCGGCUAGGUCGGCCGGCGUUUGGAGGAGCUCCGAAGAUGUGGUGCCAGUCGUGCAAGGAAGGGUACGACGAGGAGGACGCCGGGACCUGCAAGGAGUGCUACGAGGAGGCCAGCGAGACGGAGGAGGAGCUCAAGCGGGAGAUCGACGACCUCCGCUCCCGCCUCCUCUUCCUCCGCCUCCCCUCCCCUACCCUCGACGCCGCAUCCGCCCCCAACUGCGACCUCCUCCUCCACGCCAUCCCCUCCACCGGCGCGGGAGGCGAACGCGAUGCUGGGCGCACCCCCGACACACCCGCCGUGCCCGCCCAUCGCGUCAUCCUUGCCAGCAGAUCUCCUGUUUUCAGAGCGAUGCUUGAGAAUGAGAUGGAAGAGAGUAGGAGUGGCGUCAUCAAGAUCUAUGAUGUGUCUUAUGACAUCCUUCGUGCUUUUGUCCAUUACAUGUACACUGCAGAAGCUCUUCUAGACGAACAGAUGGCAUCUGACCUCUUGGUGUUGGCUGAGAAGUACGAAGUAAAGCACCUGAAGGCAUACUGUGAGAAGUUCAUAGCAUCCAAAGUGAAUGACGACAAUGCUAUUACCCACUACGCCUUCGCGCACCGUCACAGCGCAAAGCAGCUGCUGGAGGCCUCGCUUUCUGUGCUCAUGGCCAACAUGUCUACGCUAUCGGAUCGUGAAGAAUACAAGGAGCUUGUGGAGAAGGACCCAAGGCUUGUUGUGGAGAUUUAUGAAGCAUAUCUCAACCGGCAAGUCAACACUGCAGCUGGGAAGGACACAAAUUGUAGCAACAGGAAGUGAUAAUUACGAACAGAACUCGUGCAGUAGCAAUAUUCUAACUAUGCAUUUAUGCAUUCAUGUAAGCAAGUUAAGAACAUCAUAUUCUCAUGCUGUCUUGAUUUAACUGCUAAUUUUUUUGAUGAUAAAUCAAUUAGACGUGUUGGUG